UUCAUUUAAAGUAUGUAAUAAAAUAACAACGAUAAACAUGUAAAAUAUCUCAUUUUAGUAUCACUAUAAAGCAUAUUAUGUUUAAAAUGGUAUCAUAUCCAAAAAAGUAUUUUACAAGAGAUAUCAUAGAUAAGCCAACACCAUUGGAUGUGUGGAUUCAAGGUACUGUUGAACAGACUGUUGGCAACGACAUCCUAAUAGUUUCCGACUCAAUUGGAAGAGUAAAAGUGGUGAAAUGUGAAUCAGCCGGCGGUUUUGUGGAUAAAAACUCACUGAGUAGAGGUACAUAUUGCUGUAUAAUAGGAAAAGCUGUAAAAACAAAAGGAUUGCCAGAGAUCCAGGCAACCAAAAUAAUAGAUUUAAGUUUGCAGCCCCAAAUGCGCGACGCCUGGGAAAGUGAAGUUAAGGAAGCUGACCUGGUUUUACAAGGGAAACUAAUUCCAGAUAUAAACUAACAAUCCACUAGAAUCUCCAUCUGGAGCCAAAUAUAAAAAAAAAGACUAGUUUUUAUACUCUGUUAUGACCCGGUGGUGUGAUGUGUUUUUGCAAUAUAUGUUAAUAUGUAGCUUGGCAUUCAGAACGCUAUAGUUGAAGUACCCUUCACACCUUGCAACUCUGGUCACUGAUGAUACCUUUAAACUGUACUGCUUAGCCCAACUUUAACGUCAAAAGCUGUACUGUGUGAAGAACGCAACAGAACAAACAAGCAUAGAUAAAAAUAAUAUAAUAAGUAAUAAAAACAUAAUUUUAUAUAAAA